AUGGUGCUGUCAAUUUUACCAGGGCAGGUCCCUGCUGCUGUUUUUCUGCCAGUAUGCUGUGCCAAGGAUGUGCAUUCAGAUGUUUGUGGCGAUGAUCCUAAACAGCCGCUUUUCAGCCCCUUGGUCCUUGAAGCAAAGGGGUCUGUGCCAUCCAUGCAACAUACAAUGCACCUGUUGUUCGGUGUCUGCAGGUUCAGGCAAGUGUGUAAUGUUUGUCCUUUGUUGCGGCAGAUUGGCCCUGGAGAAGUGGACAACGAGUUGGAGGACGAGGUUGCUCAUGAGCUUCAGAGGUUUGGUGUCGUAGAGAAAGUGCUCAUCUUUGAGGUGACUGAGCCCGGGUUUCCACCCCAUGAGGCCGUCAGGAUCUUUGUGCAGUUUGAGCGGCCAGAAGAAUCCACGAAGGCCGUCGUGGCCCUCCAGGGAAGGUACUUUGGAGGCCGCGUGGUGCGUGCCGGUUUCUUUGAUGAACGGAGAUUCGACAACUGCGACCUCGCCCCUGAGCCUGGCGAAAUUGAUCUUCAGGGAGGCACAGGGACAUAA